UUGAUACAAUAGGAAUUAGGGAUAUAGAGAAACUUUGUUUUACUCCUAGGGAAAGUCAUACAAGUUUGGAGCUCUUGCAUGACCACACUGGACAUACUGAAAUUAGACUUUGAUUUUGGAUCAUAUGGCUAAUGUCACCAUACACAACGCUACCUGCUUCUCACAAGCAUUGACAGAAGAUUUCUGGGAUGGGGUGAAACUAUCAUUUACAGUGUCCAUUGUGAUUGGACUGGUGAUUGGAGGUAUAAUAUGGACUCUUGUUACAUGCUUGUCUCGUCGUCGAGCAAGUGCAUCAAUCUCACCUAGAAUGACAAAGUCUUCUAGUCGACGGCCUAGGCCAUCUUCUCAUAACCAAGCCAUAAAUCGGUCUGGGUUUUAUCGCAACAGUAGUUGCGAAAGACGGAGUAACCUCAGCCUGGCCAGUCUGACCUUCCAAAGACAGACAUCUCAAGAGCAAGCAGACGCAUUUGCUAGAAAGCCAAGCUUCAGAGCCUCAACAUUUCAUCCGUUUCUGCAGUGUCCGCCCCUAGCGAUUGAAGCUGAUAGCCAACUUGUUACUCUACCUCAUGUCAACAAUACUUCUCCAACAGCAAACAACACAAUAAAUCUUAGCCGUCCUGAUUUUCACUGGUCAAACAAUAGCCUCAGAAUUGGACCUUCAACUCAAACUCCACCACCUGCAUAUGACAGUAUAAUAAAGGCAUUUCCAGACUCUUGAAAUGUGCAUGGAAAUAUGAAAUGUAUAAUGCUUUGAGGAUCAGAUGCAGUAUAGCAUGAUAUUUUGUGUACAGCACUAUAGUGCAAUAUGCAAAGCCUUACAAAUAUUCUUUUGUUUCCCUUUCAUAGAUGAAGGAAAUUAAAAUGAUGGAUGAUUUGUGGUUAAACUGGAGACCAUUUGAACAAAGAUGCUGGAUAAUAUUUCAACACAAUCAUUAAUAUGUAGAUUUUACAGGGGACACAAACCUUUCAUAGUAGUGUUCAUUCCCCCAAUAUUGCUGGACAACAACUCCCAGCCUGAUAAAGUCUGAUAAGUAGUGAUGGGCGAAUAAAUUUGCCAGCUCGCGAAUUUGUGGUGUAUUUACACAUUUUGCUGCCAGAAUUAAAAUUCACGAAACUGCAGUGAAAAUUUGCCAGUAAAAAAUCCGAUGCGUCAAAAAAAGUUGCACGUUUCAGAAUAUCGCUCAUAAAAAUUGGCGUGUGUCAAAAUUAUUCGGACUUUAAUGCAUUUGGACAAAAUAGACUAAAUAUUGUCACUAGUGUCAAAAUUGACAUUGUCAAAAUUAUUUUGACGCCAAUUGACUUCAAUGAGUUUUGCAACAAAUUCGCCCAUCACUACUGAUAAGCAUAAUGGGAUCUGUAGUUAAGCAACCAUAGAUAGAUAGCAAGUCCUCCAAAGCCAGUGGCAGAACUGACGCUAAAUUGGCAUCCUAUCUGAAUCUUGUCUGGUCUAUUUACUUGACUUUAAUUUAUUUAUUUUAUGCUAUCAUAAUCAAAAACAUUAAACAUUUCUCAUCGCCCAAACAACAGUCUAUUGGUUGAUUGAUCAUACUGGCAAACAAAAAUGUUAUAAUGAUAAUCUCAGUAUGUUAGCAUUAGAAUGGAUGGUUCUCAUUGGAGAAUACUCUUGCCUCUCUAAUUACAUUUGCAAUGCCUACUUUACUUAGUUUUACCUUAUUUAGGGGCAGAUUUACAUAUGGUCGAAUAUCGAGGGUUAAUAAACAAUCAAUAUUCGACUGCCAAAUGUAAAU